AUGAAGCUGUUUACGGCCAAGAAGGACCACAAGAGGUUGUGGACUGAACACUAUCUCUACAUGGUCGCAGUGUGCGACGUGUGUGGAGGAGGCGCCGAGGCGCGGGUACUUGACAACAUACUGUACUAUGCGUCGGCGGAUCUGUCGACGGUGCUCAUGGCGAAGUUCGACGCAGGACGAUCGACUACUUGCGCCAAGCUAAGGAGUUUGCGCACUUUGCUCAAGCAGUCGAGGUCGACAGUCGUGCCGGCAAGUCACUGGGUCGCGGGGUCGUCGCAGUCGCAGAUUACUCGACACAGCGCAAGGAAACGCGCACGUGCCACAACUGCAAGAAGCAGGGGCAUUUGA